AUGAGCGCAGCGUCUGGAAACAUGGCCGGCUUCGGCGCGCGCAAGUUUGCCCAGGACAUGUACCAACAGAGCAGCGUCCAAUCAUACCCCACCGCACACUACGACCACACCAACCAGUACUAUCCAGACAGCAGCCAGUGGGCACAACCAGCCCCGGCUCCAACUGUCGACCAUCGUCACUACAAUUCCAACGGCGCGUCCAGCCAUAGCUCCAACGCAUCCUACGGCGGCCGGUCGGCUCAGACAACGCGCACCUACCGUCGGGACGAAUACAGUCAGCAACAAUACACCACCUCGGCCACCACAUCUGCAAAGCCCGCCCCGCCACCAGCUGCGCGCACACGCGCUCCCGUCGCAAGAGCCCCUGCGAGAUCCGACACGCUGCAGUCGUCAGCUACGGACUCGACGGUCGGUCUAGCCUACGCGCAGAGCAACGACAGCGCGUACGGCCAACAAAUCGCGUACGAGUCCAACGACAGCAGGUAUCGCAGCAACGACAGCCUCUUCCCACCAAGCCAUCGUUCGCCGGCGACGCAUCACCCGCCAGGCAGGACUGCGGACCGCACUACCGUCUACGACGACAACUACGAGGAGCCCGUCUACUCGAAUACGGUCGACGAGAUGUUCCGCGCCUCGUCGCCCGCAUCGGCGACGCGCGGCGACGAGUCGAUCGACGUCUCGUUCACCAUCGUGCGUGCCACGGUGUUCGAGCCCGUGCUGCCCAAGGCAAAGUGCGCCGACUGCGGCGACUCGCUCGACUUUGAAGAGCUCGCCAACCACACCUGCCAGCCAGCCAGCGCAUCCAAGUUGCCGCUGCUCACGAUCCAAGUGCCGCCGUCGUCGAGCAGCUCGGCGGUGUCGUCCACCGCCACCAGCCCCGCCAUCGCCACGCCGCGAUCGCCGUUCUUUGACAGGUACGACCACCUGAUCAGCCAGAGCGGCCCGGCGAGCCCGGCGCUCCUGGGUUGCGCCAGUCCAACCGUCGAGGUCAAGCAGCGCGACGACGAGACGCCCACCGCCCACGCCGUCAAGAUCCUCGGAACGCACGCCGCAGUCAAGGUGUCGAGCAUACAAACCUCGCAGGCGGUGCAUCUCAAGGCCGACAGAUCACCACCCGUCCAGCCGCCGCAGAUGCAGCGCUCGGCGAGCGACACGGAUGCCGACGCCGUCGCAGCCGCACGCAGAAGGAUGAUCGAGCAACAGAGGGCGGCCAAGAAGAAGGACAUCAUGGCGAAUACCAUGCCGCGAGCAGCCACCACCCCGAGCCUGUACAAGCCCGAGGCUGCGGUUGCGCAAGCGGCGGGUGCGGCUGCGAGGUCAAUGUCGACGCGAGUGGGCGCAGCCAACGGCGGAACCAGUCGGCUCUCGGCGUCCGAGGCACAGCAUGCCAAGAAGGAAUCGUCAUCAUCCAUCUCGUCCACGGCCACUGAUUCUUCCGGGCGUCAGCGAGCGUACGUCGGCAAGGCCUCGAGCACGGCCAACAUCACGCCGAGUUCGAGCUACGAACGCAUCGAGUCGCACUCGACGCCGACCAAGCCGAUGCGCGAUCGUGCACCCGUGGAUCUGAGCAGCAUCGAAGAGAUGAUGAAGGGCCUCACUGCCAGUCCCGAGCCUCUGCAGCGGAUGCUUGGGGAUGCAGGGCGGAGCGAGCGCGAGCGUGCGCUGGAGUUGGAGCUGGAGCGGCUGCGCGACAAGGAGCGCACGCGGCAGCUGCAGGCGCUGCGGCUUAGGGAGAAGAAGCGCAAGGAGCGUGCGGCGAAGCGAUGCUGCGUGUGCGACUGCUCGCUCUCGUCGAGCCGCACGCCAUUUGUGGAGCGCGACGGCAAGCUGCUGUGUGCACGCGACUGGAAGGAGCUCUACCUGCCCAAGUGUCGCAAGUGCAACCUCAGCGUGGAAAAGGGGGCGGUCAAGUCGUCGGAUGGAGCGCUGCGCGGCGUGUUUCACCGCGCGUGCUUUGCGUGUGCGGCGUGCGAGGCGCCGUUUGCGGACGGAAGCUUCUACGUGUUCAACAACCAGCCGUACUGCGGCCGCCACUACCACCGGCUCAACGGCAGCCUCUGCCGCGAGUGCGAGGCUGGCAUCGAGGGCGACUGCAGGCAGACCGACACGGGCGACCGAUUCCACCCACACUGCUUCAGCUGCCAGUACGCCUCCAAGAACGGCGCGUGCAGCCAGCCGCUGGCAGAGUACUACAUGGUCGGAGGCCAGCGGCUCUGCGAGCGCCACGCGGACAAGGUCGGCCAAAGACUCGCCAAGGCGGGUCAGAGGCAGCACGACCUGCGCGCGCACAAGCGCAUGACCAUGCUCCACAGUCUGAGGGGGCAGCAGAGCGGCAGCAGCUCAGUCGCGGCUACGGCACCCGCACCCGCUCAUACCAGACACAAAGAGAGCUUGGCUUUGGCGGAAGCGUUGCAACUCCUGAGAGCCAAGCAGCUGCACCCUUCAUACGUCUCAUCUUCCUCCCGCACUCCCCUCCCCCUUCUCAUUGCGCCUGAUCCUCUCAUCUCGUCGUCCGUCCUCGUCCUACUACCACCACCACCACAAAGGCUGCACACGUGCAUGCUCCCCCACCACCUUCGUUCGCCAUUGUCCCGACCAUCUCCUGCAUCGAACGACGCCAAGUCACGCUUUCGCACACCGCCGCCUGAUCUGGUGCGAGUCGCCCAAUCCUCACGCCAAGCUCGCGCCCGCGCGGCUCCGCCCAACGAGCUCACCAUGUCCUACCAUCCAGACUCGUUCGUCACCAGUCCCACCUCGGCCGCCGACGACCCCGCCUGGCAACUCCACUCCAGCACCGACUCCUACCUCAACUGGGACGCCAAUCCAAAGUCGCCGCUCAGCCAUCCUCACGAUGCCACCCUGAGCUCCACCCCAGCCACAGCCCCUCCCAUGUCGAGGUUGCGCUCCUCCAGCUCCACCGCCACUCCGUCGGUAGCGUCCUCACGCACACCCAACGACCCAGGCUCGGCCGACACCGCAUCGCUCCUCUCCCACCAUGGACAUUCCAACAACAGCCCGGAGCGGCCACAAUCGCCUUCCUACUUUGCCAAGCUCUACUUCCAGCCUCCCCACCGCAGCUCAUCCGGAACCAGCCCCACCAUCACCUUCACAGGCGCACCCGCCGAGCCCUCCCUCGUGGCUGCCUCGCAACUACCCGCACUGUCCUUCGAAGGCAACCAGUCCACAGCGCACCUCUCGGAUCCUGCUCGCCAACAAGCCCCCGCACGCCGCUCAUCCGUCAGCGCCGCGUCCAACAGCCCGACGUCCGGCACGCCUCUGUCGCCCACCAUGUCGAGCAAAUCCGCCGCCAGCGCAGGUGGCUUCUUUGCUUCGCUGCGCCCCUCAUCCCCUGGCAACCUCGCAGCGGCCACCUCGAGGAUCCCAGAAGGCGAGACAUAUGUCAAGCCCCGCCGUCCAAGCAGCGUCUUUGAGCACGUCGGCAACGUCUGGGAGCGCUUCGGACGCAAGGUACACCACACGCGCUCCAGCACCUCCGAGCAGCAGUCCAGCUCAUCCUCCCACCAACGCCGCACCGCCAGCCAGACCUCGCCCACCAUCGGCCUCACGCCGGAAGCAGCUGACCCCUUCGACAACGCUCACCACUCUCCUUCCGGCUCAAUAGCCUCCCAGGCUUCGCCCUCGCACUCGACCGCUACAGAGUCAGAAUGUCGCACCCCUGCCACGCCCAGCGCCGAAACACCCGCUUCGCUCAGCACGCCACAGCCGUUGCCCUCCGCCCCCGCUUAUUCGCAGCUUUCUUCGGCCGACACAGCCGCGGAUACACGGCUGCAAGACGAGGUCGAGGAGCUCCCGUACUUGGCCCCCGAGCCUGCGCCGACAUUCGCGCAGCCCGCCCCCGCAGCCCACAAUUCUCCGAGGACAUCAAGUGCAAACAGGUCCCAGGCCUCAUACAGGCGCGAAUCGAGUCUUUUCGAGCGCGUCCUCAUCCAGGUCACCGACGACAACGAGCGCUUCGCCGUCGUCGACAUCUCGGGCGUCGAUUCGGCCGAUGCUAUCAAGGAACGCAUGUUUGCCAAGCUCCAUCUCUUCGAUGCAGACCACUCCAGCUUCCAGCUCUUCCGCACCGAGAUCGGCCAGUCGGAAGCAACCGGCCCCGUCGUCAACGACGACGCGCUGCUUGUUUUGUGUCUUCAGAUGGGCGACGACCGCGGCACGCUCAAGUUCCUCGUGCAGCAGACCGCGCCGCCCAACGCCACGGUGCGCGCCAUGCCUCCGCCCACUUCGGCCGCCGGCCAGCAGCGCGCGCUCAACGAAGUGCGCAGGGUGUCCGGAACCGGCUCAGCCACGAGCAACCAUCUGCGCACCGACAGCCAGUCGUCGAGAAGCUCCAUCAGCGAUGCGCUCAUCUACCCCGAGAUGGUCGGCGCCGAUGGCGCCCACGAGGGCUCCAACCGCAACUCGGGCAGCAGCCUCACGCGCUCCAAGGCACAGGCGCGACGCGCCCUUCCCAGCGCUCCUCCCAUCGACGACCUGCGCUCGCCCACUGGCUACCACGACCGCAGAUCCAUCGCCUCGUCCGGCGAAGGUCAUGCGCAGGAGGCAUCCAGCAAGCACGCCAGCUCGGUCAGCGAAGGAAGCGGCGCACCCGUCAUGCUUUCGCAGCGAUCCAGCUCCAUGAAUGCCACCCAGCCUGCAGCGACAGCCUCGUCGAACAACGCACGCAGACCAAGCCACGUGGAAGACGAAAGGCCUCGCUUCGACGCAGAUGCGAGCGCGAGCGCGAGCGCCAACAGGUCUCUUCAGGCACCUGCCAACGGCUUGGGUCAUCGUCAGGAACGAUCCGACGAGGGCGUCCGGCACCAGUCUCGGCAGCAAGCGCCAGGCCUCACGCUGCACAAUGCCAAGAGCAUGGAUGAUCUGCACAGACCUGCGCAUGGCUCCACGCACGCUCCAGCAAUGAUCCCGCAAGCCGAAGUACGUGCGCAAGCCGGUCUGGACCGCGACGGGCGGUAUCCUGCUCCGUCGAUCAUGCGGCCCUCGACAGCCGCUCCUGCUGGACCAGGCGCGCGCGAUGGAGGCCACGGACAUCGUCAGUACAGCUCCGACGCGCUAGGCACCUCCCAGGGUCCCGUCGAUCCGGCGUCUCUCGAUCCGCGCAUGUUGCAGCGCAAUCGCAGUGCACAGGCGGCGAUCCCAAGCAGCCAGCAGCUCGCCAACCACGGUCCGACGCGGAUGGCCAGUACUCCGCAGAUCAGGUCGCCUCCGAUGCAGCCCAACUAUCCUGCGCGAGGGCCUGUCGAUUCGCGCUACGCUCGCCCGGCAGGCAUGGAAGAUCCGCGCUAUGCCGGGAUGCCCACACAUCCAGCACAGUCGCUGCAGCCACGCCCGACCAGUCCGGCAGCCAGGCCGCCGCAGUUCAACGCGCCCUCGACGUACGGCGGGCCCAACUCGUACUCGGUCCAGUCGUUUGGGCAGGCCCAGCGACCCUUGGCUCCGGGCUAUGUCAACGAAUUUGGCGCCCGCGCUCCCAACGCCGCCCCCAAUUUCAACACCUUUCACGGCCACGAUCCGCGACUGGGCGCCAAUGGCAUGCAGGGCUCCCUUACGCCCCGCCCGUACUCGUACCACGAGGCGUCGUCGACGCAUCACCCAUCGUAUCGACCGUUCAGUCCGCAGCUUGCGCCUUCGCCGUACCGCACACGCGAGGAUCCGUUCACGACACGCUACUUUCCGGCUUCGAGCUCGAGGCAGGUGUCCGAGUUCCAGAUGCAGGCAGGUCGCUUGGAGCCGGGCAUGACGGUACAGCAGACGCUGCGCACGCACGAGGUGAUGCGCAACCAGGCGGUGUCCGGUCCUCAGGGCCAGGCGUACCUCGGCCAUGCGCACCCGCCUGGCCCUUCGUACGGGCCGCGAGAUCCGCGUCAGCCCGGUCAGCCCAGCCAGUACAUGGGCAUGCAGCCGUAUCCCAACGCGUCAGCACCGCCGUCGAUGCCGUCGAUGCCGCAGCGGAGCAGCCAUCCGUCGUCAGCUCAUCCGAACCCGCACCAUGCGCCGUCGUCACGCCCGCAGCAGUUCGCGCAGCAGGGCCCGUCGCAGCACGCUCCGCCGCAGCACUCGCAUCCGCCUGCGCGCAACGCGCACGACAUGGUCAACUCGAACGCGUCCGCUGGGAGCAGUGGCGGCGACGGAGAUACGGUUCGCGCCGAGCCGAGCACGCCCGGACCGUCGCGGCCGCACACCAAGGACGGUCUGGGCUCUGCGUCGCCUUCUCUGGACCCGCCGCGCGCGCCAAGCCCGAGCAUGGCGCCCGAGGAGAACGGCACGGUGGCAUCGUUUGGCGUGUUUGACGACGACGAGAGCGAGUCCGGCACGUGGGCGCAGCCGCUCGAUUCGGAUGUCAACGCGCCGCGCCUGCCUCUGCGGCUGGAUGGCGAGGAGGAUGCGGCGUCCGACGACCACGGUACGCUGCUGCCCGGUCAGGGCGCGCUGCUGCAGUCGCCUGCGCGCGUCGGCGGAUCAAGUCCCAAGCGGCCGGAGCUGCGUCUGACCAUCGACCCAGCGGCUGGGCCGACGCUGUUGGCGCCCGCUUCGCAGCCGGCGGGGCUGUCGCCCGUGCCGAGCUCGUCGCAUCUGUCGUCGUCGCUGAGCAGCGGCGGGAUCACGCGCAGCAACUCGUUUGCGCGCCGAGACGACGACUGGGCGUUUCGACCGCCGCCCGAGCAGCUGUACGAGAAUCUGGACGACUUCUUCCCCAAGCACGACCUGGACAAGCCGUUGCUCGACACGACGGCGGUGCCCGAGAGUCCGAUGGUGAGCAGCCCGCGCAGCGAGGCGGCGGCGGCGGGCAGCAUGGCAUCGAGCCCGCCGACGGCGCCGCAGCAGGCGAUGAGUCAUCGCAGCCGGCUCAAGCGCUCGAUCCGUCUGGUGGCGCAGGACCGCAAGCGGUUUUUGGACCGCGCGGGCAAGCGGGCCACCGAGAAGGACGCCGAGGCGAGCAGCGGAUUGGUGCGUCGGCGCAGCACCAAGCUGUGGGGCACGCGUGUGGUGGAGAUGACGCCCGGGCAGGAGCUGGCGACGCCGGCGUCGGCGACGUCGGCCGAGUCGCCGCUGUCCGACACGUCGCCGCCCAAGCCGGUGUUCAAGUGGGUCAAGGGCGAUCUGAUCGGCAAGGGCACGUACGGACGCGUGUAUCUGGCGCUCAACGCGACGACGGGCGAGAUGAUCGCGAUGAUCGCGGUCAAGCAGGUCGAGCUGCCGCGUACGGCGAGCGACCGCGAGGACUCGCGCCAGAAGGGCGUCGUCGCGGCACUCAAGUCCGAGAUCGAGACGCUCAAGGAUCUGGACCACCCGCACAUCGUGUCGUACCUCGGCUUCGAGGAGACGACGACGUUCCUGAGCAUUUUUCUCGAGUACGUGCCCGGUGGGUCGGUGGGCAGCUGUCUGCGCAAGCACGGCAAGUUUGAAGAGCCGACGAUCAAGUCGUUCCUGCACCAGAUCCUCGACGGCCUGGCGUACCUGCACAGCAAGGGCAUCCUGCACCGCGACCUCAAGGCGGACAACAUCCUGGUCGACUUUGAGGGCAUCUGCAAGAUCUCGGAUUUCGGAACGGUGCGGAGGUCCGACGACAUCUACGGCAAUGUGGAGAACAUGUCGCUGCAGGGCUCGAUCUUUUGGAUGGCCCCCGAGGUCGUCUCGCUGUCCAAGAAGGGCUACUCGGCCAAGAUCGACAUCUGGUCGCUGGGGUGUGUGGUGCUCGAGAUGUUUGCCGGCAGACGGCCGUGGAGCGACGACGAGGCGGUGCAGGCCAUGUUCAAGAUCGGCGCGGAGCGCAAGGCGCCUCCGAUCCCGGCGGAUGUCAAGCUGAGCAAACAGGCGGCUCACUUUUUGAAGAACUGCUUCGAGGUGGAUCCGGCAAAACGGCCGACGGCGCAAAGGUUGCUGGAUCACGUCUUUUCCGUGCCGGACGAGAGCUGGCACUUCCAGCAGAGCGCCCUGUGGCGAUCGCUUCAAAGAUGA